AUGGGGCUAACCAGUCGAGGAAAUCGUCAUACAGCUGCGAUGAUCGACCGCUUUUUUGGAGCCUAUCCGGUGCCGGACAAAAAGGCGAAGAAAGUGGCGGAAACACUGGAUCUGAGAAGCUGGACGCUGGCAGAAAACCGAAUUUUCACAUCGCGGCGACCAGUUCGAAGAUGAGGUGCGAAUGCUCAAGAAAAAGACGAUAGUACCAGCGGAAUGGGAAAUCUUACCAACGUUUAUGCCUACAAUGCCUCACCACAUAAAGCGACU